AUGAGACGAAGGAGAAAACAGGGCGACGAACACCAGAAAACCUUCAUAAAACUCAACUACAGGACUUUGAAGAUGCUUUCGGUGUCGAAGUGGUGGAUUUUUAUCGUUUUUGUGGCAGAUGUCCUCCCUCCUCACUGCUCGGCGGUUAAUGUGUUUGUGAGAGAUGAGAAGAGGUAUUCUGUGCUUUUUCAGUCCGUGGUUCUGCCGUGUCAGUACAACAGUGUGUCCACCCAGACCCCUGUGGUGCAAUGGGUCUACAAGUCAUACUGUCGGGACCGCACCCGGGAUUCAUUCAACUAUGCCGACAGUCUAAGUGGAAGCCAGGGAGGAGGUGGGCUGACGGGUGGAACACGAGGAGUUGGUGGAGGGUACGAGACGGGGAUGACAGCAGGCUACCUCGACUGCGCUGACAGUAGCCGGACGGUCCGAACUGUGGCCUCCAUCUCUGGUUCCUCCAGCACACUGUCAGAGUACUACAAGAACAGAGACAUCUCCAUCAUCAACAAGGCAGACCUGCGCAUAGGAGAGGUCCAGUGGGGAGACAGUGGAGUUUAUAUCUGUAAAGUGGUUAUAUCAGAUGAUUUAGAGGGACAGAACGAAGCCUCUGUGGAACUGCUGGUUCUUGGUUUCUCAGGUGUUCCUGAAGAUCUGCUGCCAGGCUUUGAUUUGAAGAUUAUGCCAGAGUGGGUGUUUGUGUCAGCAGUGGCACUGGGCAGUGUCUUAUUCCUGCUGUUGGUUGGGGUUUGUUGGUGUCAGUGUUGUCCUCACUCCUGCUGCUGCUACGUCAGCUGCUGGUGCUGCCCUGACACAUGCUGCUGCCCAAGACACUUAUAUAUGGCAGGUAAAGGUAUAAAGACGGGCACCUCCACCCCUCAGACACCUGCUUACCCUCCAUACUUUGUCACUGGUGUCCCAACAAUGGUCCCCAUUGCACCCCCUUCUCUGGUGGACAAGAUGUCCUCUGUCACAGCUUCGGACGGCAGCUUACUCACAGCAGUGCCGAUGCAUGCUGUAGGUGUUCCCUACCGUGUGCCUACACCUCAGGAUCAGGACUCUCUCAGGGUGCUACAGUAUGUAGAGAAACAACUGGCUCACUUCAACCCUGCCAGGUCCAUCAGCCGCCAGACCUGUAGCAUGUCCGAGCUGAGCUCCCUUCACGAGGGAGAAACCGGCUUCCGCCAAACAUACCGAAACGUCCAGAAGAAAGCUCUGCCUGCCAUCCCUGACCACGACCCUCAGUCUGAACCCCAACGCUACCGUGACAACCGCAGCCCAGAGCCGCAGCAUUAUCGUGACAAUCCACCUUCACCCCAACGUUAUCGUGAUGACAACGACUCAGAGCCACGCCGCUGCCAGGAGGAGCCUCUUCCUCCACGGCGGUACAGCGACGACCCUCCGUCCUCCUCACAGUCACGGAGGCCCGGACGAAAUAAACGGCAGCAGAAUCACAGCGAGGAGGACAACCCCAACAGGUGGAAUCCUCGUUCCGAACAUCUGCAUAGAAAGACGUACCGUACUGCCGGACGAACCGGCUCACUCGAUGAACUGGAGGAGUUUGCUGCUUCUUACAAGCAGAGAGGAGGCAGAGGGGAAAUGAAAAGGGAAGAAGACAGGGGAGAGUAUGAGAUGGAGGUUCUGGAGUUCAGUCGAUAUCCUUCCUACCGUAAUGGUCCCUCUCAGCAUUAUCACAAUGAUGAAAAUGAGCUUGGAGACAACAGCAACCUCGAAGAUCCUCCCAGACGAAACAAGAACAACGGACAUAGCAUAAGCCCAAUUUCUUCGCCCAAAAAGAGGAGGGGCACUUGGGACGGCGAGCGCCCUGCCCCACCUCCUCCCAGACUCAGUCCACCGUCGACUUCUUCUCAGGAGAAGGACUACGAUGGCACGUUCCUGAAUAGCCUGCUCGACCGUAAGGCUAAGUUACGAGGGGUCAGCCAGGGGAAGAGUGUGGCUCGGGGUGAGGAAGAUUCAGACACACCCUCAAAGAGCAGCUCGAAAAAAAGUAGCGGGGAAUCUAGUCGGCACUGCAGCCGAUCGCCCAGUAACAGGCCUGAGGCAGAUUCACUGCCACCUUACUCAGACACAGAGCGAAGCAGAACUGAUAGGCCGUCUCCACGGCCGCCCCCAGCAAACGCUCGCUCCUCUCAACCUCCUGCCCAUUUACUGCCCGGUCGCAGAGAGGAACCUAGAGACAAGAACCGGAAAGUGGGCACUCUUCUCAGCCGGGACUCCCUCAUCGUCUGACGGACUGAAAGCCACAGAGACUGAGCACUUACACUCUCCAGGAGCUGCAUGUCAGCUGAUGAAUGAUGACAGGAAUUACUUUGAUUGCAAAUAUACUCAAGUGACCGUGAAGGAAAGCUGAAUCAGCACAGAAAUGGACAACAGACACACUUUAACUAUCGAGACUGUCACUGGGGGUUUCUGCCUGUGACGUCGCUGAAUGAUGAAGUCAUCACUGUUCAGUUUACCGGCUGCCUCAUAUGUAUUCCUCAGCUGAACGAAUACUGAACUAAUAUGGGCCGGGUCUAUGACCUGGACUGUCCCUUCUAGCAGGAUGCUGUUCGUCUCCUCUCGUCCCAGUAGAAAAAGAGUUGCUUUACGCUUCCAGCACAAUGAGUGCAUUCAUUUCCACUUGAUGAGAUAUCAGCUUUAAAUAAGCAUGGUUGUAGAAAAGGAGGUGUAUGACAACAGCAUUGUUGUACACGACAUACUGAAGCCCCAGCUGAAUGACCAAACACGCUCUGUGUCAUUCACUAACACAUUCAGGGAACAAAGCACCUAAUUCAGACGGCUUUUGCUAGGAGAUUUUAAUGUUUACUAAAGCUGGAAGUAGUAACCAACAUUACCAAAUGUUGAUAUGAUCUGUGGGGGUGGACAAAAUAAUGUUUUUCAAAGCUGCAUUAAUUAACAACGGGGCAGGCCCUGUAAACAUGAAAUUCUGCCCCUGUAACUUUAUAUAAGUUAUAUAAUUGGUCAGCCGAGUGGUGGUGUUUCCCCAUUGGCUGUUGCACUUUCAAAUUUAAUAGGCACUAAUAGUCCUAAACUAUUUGCAUUAAACAGAGCUCAGCCAUGUCAUAUAAAAUGUUACUUCAGUUCACUAUAAAAGAAUACUUCACCUUUAAAGUAACCAUCUGUGUAUCAGUUGCUAACAGCGUGUCACCUGAAAUGAUUGAUUUUAGCAUAAAUGCAUGUGUUUGGGAAGCAGUGAGCAUACGACUAGAUACAUGAGACUUGGAUUUUACUUCACAAGCUUUUUUUAAAGUUUUUAAAGUUUUUAUUGUAUUUUAUAUUGUUUUGUUGUUAUUAACCAAGCCCGCAUUUACUUUAGUUCAUCAAGGAUUAACUCUGUUUUCGGAUUCUCCGUUCAUCAUUGAGGCAUGUAAGAAAAAGAAAGUGGUGAGUACUUGAUACAAAUACUUGAGUGCUUGACUACAAAUGCACAUUUUAAAGGUGAAAUAUUCCUUUUAGACUGAGGUUUGACAAGGUCAACUAAUGUGUGCUGUAUUUGAAAGUUUAGUUGGAAUCAUAUAUACAAUAUAUGCCAAACACAGAAAGCCUCACUGACAAUGUAGUAAACUAAUGAAGGUAUGCACUAAUACUCAUAAUAUUCUUUCAUGAGUAACAUUAUUUUGUCUCCUCCCUAUUUGUCUCUUCAUCUUCUAUUAAAACAUGUUAGUUUGUACAAAGUAACUGUUCUUUCAAGGGACUAAAACUAGAUAAAAUGUGUUUUUGUAAAACAUCUAAGAUGUUGAACUGCCAUUUGCCUUUUUAAAAGAUUUUUGUACUACAUUAUGAAGACAUGUUUAUAUGUAAACCGGACCUAUUUAUGUGUGGUUUGAUGUAAUUUGUAAAUAAUUAUGUUUGUUUAAGCUUUGCAGUGUGACUGUGUACAUAUAAGAUAAAAAUAAUUUAGCCUUUUCUUAUCACUGCUGAGUCAACAGCUAAACCAACACCUUCAGUUACCAACAGUCACACACAUGC